GCUCGAAGAAUAACAAUGAAAAUCGCCAUCGUAUUACUGGCCAUCGCUGGCUUGGUGGCAGCCAAUGUCUACAUGCCAAAACACGAGACCAAAUACGCCGAUAAGGACUUUUUGGCCAAACAAAAAUUCCUUUUCGAAAUUGUCUAUCGUGUUGAGGAUCCUUUGAUGUUCGAGGAAUACAUCAAAUUGGGCAAGACUUUCACCUACAACAAGGAUGACUACAUGAUUCCUGCCACCUACAGCGGAAACAUGGAAAAAUACUACAACGCCUACAAAUACGGUGUCACUUUGCCCAAAGGUGAAUUCUAUGGUGCCUUGAUGGAAUCCCAUUUCGAACAAUUCUAUGGCUUGUUCGACUUCUUCUACUAUGCCAAAAACUGGGAUAUUUUCAUGCGCAACGUUUGCUGGGCCCGCAUGUAUGCCAACGAAGGCAUGUUUGUCCAUGCCUUAACCAUGGCUGUCAUCCACCGUGAUGACUUCGAAGGCUUGAUGUUGCCCGCCAUCUAUGAAAUCUUCCCUCAAUACUUCUUCAACAGCAAAUUCGUCUACGAAGCUGAGAAAUUCGAUUUUGAUGUCUGGAGCAAAUACAUCAUGUACGAAAAGGAAUACAAGGACUUCAUGUACAAGGACUACUCCGUUUACUUCAAGGAAUUCAAAAAUUACGAAUACUUCUACACCAAGGACUUCAAGUUGUGGCAAUGGUGGAAACUCAUGGGUAUGGGUGAACACUGGUACUCCGAAGAUCAUUUCAUGAUGCGCGACAACAUGUACAUGUUCAACAAGGACUCCAAAUACUUGGACAUGAUCAAGGAUGUUAAGAUGUUAUAUAUGCCCGUUGACUACACUCGUGAUGUUUACUUCUUCAACAAGGAAUCUGAAUUGUCAUAUUUCACUGAAGAUUUGGAAUGGAACGCUUUCUGGUACUACUUCAAUAUGGACUACGCUCCCUAUCUCGACGGCAAAUCUUUCGGUUUGCAAAAGGAUCGUCGCGGUGAAUACUAUUUCUAUGUUGUACGUCAACUGCUCGCCCGCUACUACAUGGAACGUUUGUCUCAUGGUUAUGGUGAAAUUCCUGAAUUCUCUUUCUUCACUGAAGUUGAAUACGGUUAUGAUCCUCAAUUGAUCAACUACAAUGGUGUCGGCUUCUCUUAUCGCAAGAACUAUUACGAAUAUGAGACCUACGGUAACUUCGAUUACAUGUAUGGCAUUAUUAACUUCUUCACUCGUGUUGAGGAAAUCAUUACCCAAGGCUAUUUCAAGACCUACGAUGGCAAGAUGAUUGAUAUGCGCAAACCCGAAUCCAUUGAAUAUCUCGGUGACAUUAUGCAAGGCAAUGUUGAUAACUACGACAAAUACUUCGCCACCUUCUGGUACAUGUAUGCCCAUAUGUACUUUGCCCACACCGAUGACACCGAAUUCCUUGUCCAUCCCAAUAUCUUCUUGAACUACGAAACCAUGAUGCGCGAUCCCAUGUUCUACAUGAUCUACAAGAAGAUCACCGAUGUCUUCUUUGAAUUCUACGAAUACGUCGAUCCCUACACCCAGAAGGACUUGUACUUCCCCGGUGUUGAAAUUGAAGAUGUUAAGGUCAGCGAAUUGGUCACCUACUUCGACUUGUUCGACUUCGAUGUUACCAACUUGUUGAACGAUAAGAUGACUUUCGUUGAUGGUCAAUUUGUAUGGGACAAGAUGUUGAUGGGCCGUCAAAUGCGUCUCAACCACAAAGACUUCGACUUCGAAUACACCAUCAAAUCCGACAAGGAUCAAAAGGUUGUUGUCCGUGCAUUCUUGGGUCCUAAAUUCGACGAACAUGGUCGCAUGUUGUCUUUGAAGGAAAAUCGUGAAAACUUCAUGGAAAUCGAUGAAUUCUACUAUGAAUUGAAAUCUGGUGUCAACACCUUCAAGCGCAGCUCUAAGGACUUCUAUUGGACCACUGAUGAUCGCACCACCUACACUGAAUUGUACAAAUUCGUCAUGAUGGCCUACGAAGGUAAAUACGAAUUCCCCUUGGACUUCUCUGAACCUCACUGUGGUUUCCCUGAUCGUUUGAUCUUACCUCGUGGUUGGGAAAAGGGUAUGCCCAUGCAAUUCUUCUUCUUCGUCUAUCCCUUCACCGCCACCUACGAACCUUACUCCUUCAAUUACAAUUACUCUUGCGGUAUUGGCUCUGGUGUUCGUCACAUCGAUGAAAUGCCAUUCGGAUAUCCUUUAGAUCGCGAAAUCGAUGAGUUCGAAUUCUUUGUACCCAAUAUGUUCUUCAAGGAUGUUAAGAUCUACUAUAAGGACACUUUCGAAAAGUACUAUGGUAACAUGUACGACAAAUUUGGAUCUUUUGAUUAUAGCUACUAUUAUAACUAUUAAGUUAUAGUUGGAGUUGAAAUUGUAAGAUAAGUUUAACAGCAAUCGACGUUAUAAGAACGAAUAAAAAUGCAAAAAAAAAAAAAAAUUAAAAA